AUGGCUGGAGAGAGUUAUUCAAAAUUGGGCUCAUUUGAAUUGGGCAUUCUUAUUGUUGGGUACAGUAGCCUUGAAGAAGAAAGGCUAGGUUUCUUCGUGCUUCAGCUCAGCGCCCCCAAGGAUAAUCGCUGGUGCUUCGUGCUCAACUCCUCCGACGACAUGAAUUUCGAGUGUCUAGUAUUUACGGUAAAAACUGGAAAGAGCAGUUUGGAACAGAUAUCUAAAGUUUAUGGAAAUCAAGCUGUGGUUGUAAGCAUUGAUCCCCGUAGAGUCUACAUCAAUGAUCCCAAUGAUGUGGAGUUUAAGACUGUCCAAAUGGUGAAGAAUUUGCAUGGUAUCAGUGUACACUUGAUCAUUCUCUGUUCGUGGAAAUCGAUCGGUGGGGCAAUCGAUUCAUUCACGGAGACUUUUGGCAGAGCCUCAAAUGAGUAUAAGGAAGGUGCUAGGAGUUUUGUAGAGACAAUAGAGAAAGAGGCUAAUUAUCCAGAAAAGUUAUUAUGUCCAUGUAAAUUUUGUCGAAACUUAAGUCACCAAAAGGUCAAUUUGCUUUAUGAGCACUUGGUCAUAAAUGGAAUUGAUCCUACAUACACAAUUUGGUUUCAUCACGGGGAAGAAGCACCUAGAAGUGAUGAUAUUGAGGAAAUGAAUUCUUUUGAUGCUUUUAAUUUGUUUAGUGCUACAAAUAUUGAUGUUUGUGAUUCUGAAGAACCUGUAGAAGGCCCUGAUGACAACUUCAUCAAAAAAUUAGAAGAUGCACAAAUCGCAUUAUAUCCACAGUGCACAAAUUACACUAAGUUGUCAGCUAUUAUUGCUUUAUAUAAGGUUAAGACAACUAAUGGAUGGUCUGACAAGAGUUUUGAUGAGAUUCUCAAUCUUUUUCAUGAUAUGCUUCCAUGUGAUAACGUGCUUCUCAAGUCCACGUACUCAGUUAGGAAAUAUCUUCAAACAUUUGACUUAGGAUAUGAAAAGAUUCAUGCUUGUGUAAAUAAUUGUUGUUUGUUUAGAAAAGAUAAGGAGAAGUUAGAAGAAUGUCCAACAUGUGGAACUUCUCGUUGGGCGACAGAUAAACUUACUAACAAGGUUCGAAAAGGUAUUCCAGCAAAAGUUUUGAGGUAUUUUCCUAUAAUUCCAAGGUUCAAACGAAUGUUUAAAUCUGAAAGAAUGGCUAAGGAUUUACGAUGGCAUCACAAUAAUAAGAGUAACGAUGGGAAAAUGCGUCACCCGGUAGAUUCUGUUGCUUGGGAAUUAGUGAAUGAGAGAUGGCCUGCUUUUUCCAAAGAAGAACGAAAUCUCAGACUUGGACUUUCUACCGAUGGUUUUAAUCCUUUUAGUAAUUUGAGUAGUAAACAUAGUGUUUGGCCUGUGAUGAUCGUUAUGUAUAACUUACCCCCAUGGUUAUGCAUGAAAAAAGAAAAUAUUUUAUUGUCAUUGUUAAUUCCAGGACCGAAGCAACCUGGGAAUGACAUUGAUGUAUAUUUAGAACCACUCAUCGAGGACUUGAAUACAUUAUGGAAUGAGGGAGUUGAGCUCCAUGAUGCUUUUGUAAACAAAACUUUUACAUUGAGAGCAAUUUUGAUGUGGACCAUCCAAGAUUUUCCAGCCUAUGGGAACCUUGCUGGAUGUAAAACUAAAGGGUAUUGUAGUUGUCCUUUAUGUGGUAACGAUACACAUUUAGAGUGGCUUAAGCAUAGCUCAAAGUUUUCAUUUCGAGGCCAUCGAAAAUUUCUUCCAACAAACCAUCAUUUUCGAACUAAAAAGAAUUGGUUUGAUGGAAAAGAAGAGCAUAGCCAUGCACCAAGGAUAAUGAAUGGGAGCACAAUUUUUGAACAUCUCAAAAAUUUUGCAAAUGUAUGGGGUAAAUCCAAGUCAAAGAAAAGAAAAAGGAGUAGUGAUGAUCAAGAAAGGUGGAAAAAACGAUCAAUCUUUUUUGAGUUACCUUAUUGGAAAGAGUUACAUGUUCGUCACAAUUUGGAUGUGAUGCACAUAGAGAAGAAUGUGUGUGAAAGCAUCAUUAAUACACUGCUAAAUGUGGCUGGUAAGACAAAAGAUGGACUAAAAGCUCGGUUAGAUUUACAAGAAAUGGGUAUUAGGAGUGGACUACACCCUCAAGAGCGAGGGACUAAGAAGUAUCUUCCUCCAGCCAUACAUACACUAUCAAAGGACGAGAAACACUUAUUUUGUGAACGUUUGUCCUUGUUAAAAGUACCCGAUGGGUAUAGUUCAAAUAUUCAAAAUUGUGUUUCAUUGGAAGAAUGCAAGCUUACGGGCCUUAAGUCACAUGAUUGUCACAUAUUGAUGCAACAAUUACUACCUAUGGCAAUAAGAGGAUUGAUGCCUAAAGGUCCAAGGGAUGCUAUAUUAAGAUUAUGUAAAUUCUUUAAUCAAAUCUGUCAACGAGUUAUUGAUAGAGAGAGCUUAAUUGCUAUUGAAAAUGAAGUUGCUGAAACAUUAUGCUUGCUUGAGAGAUUCUUUCCACCGUCCUUUUUUGAUGUUAUGAUUCAUUUGGUUAUUCAUAUUGGCCGAGAAGCACGAUUAUGUGGACCUGUUCAAUUUCGAUGGAUGUAUCCCUUUGAGAGGUAA